AUGUCAUAUGGACACAAAAUGGCCGCUCUUCUCAAGAAGAGAGCUCUCGCUGAAUACGGACAGACAUCCACUCAGGAGGAAUCGAGUCAUACGAAGCAAAGAAAGAUCCGUUUGAGUAAAAAAGCGAAGAAAGAUGUUUCGGAGUCAACACAACCUCCGAGUGGUGUCGAAGAGAUCAACCAAUUGUUGAAAUCGAGUUCAGAUGCGGUCAACGUUUCCGAGUUAUUCAAUCUCUUCCAGAGAGGAAGUCGCGAAUCAAUGGAUGCAAACCAUUGCCAACAGAUCUAUAAGAAAUUGAUGCACAAAAUGAACAAAAGUCGUGAUCCUAUUGUGAAGAUGUCAUACAUUACUGCCAUCAAAGAGUUGAUCAUUAGUUUCGAUUCAGUGGUAGAUUUGUUUGGUAUUAAUUCAAUGAUCGAUGACUUGUUAUCAUUGCUGAAGAGCGAGUCCUCGCAUAUAGUAAUCGCUGAAAUUCUCAAUACAUUGCAUAAAAUGGAUCUCAAGUUUGAGACUAAUUGUGAACACAAACUGAAUAUCUUGAAGACUGCAAAGCGUUUACUUCAAACCAGUUGUAAUCAUGUGGUGAAGAAUGAAUGCCUUUCAUUGUUAGCAGAUUUGGCACCGAUUGGUAUUAAGACUACUGACACUACAUCUGACUUAAGUUACAUUCAGGUCGAGUGCAUUGCAAUCAUUAAACUGUUGCGCGAUUUCAGUCAUUAUCACGACUCGAGAGUUCGCUCCACAGCUUUGUCAUCGAUUUUACGACUUCAUGAAAGAGGCGUUAAAUUAGAUAUAAGUCUUUACAGCGAGUUCUGUGAAUCACUCAAUGAUGACUACGAAUGCGCCAGAAUUACGGCCAUUAAACUGCUUCUGGUUAUCAGUCAACACUACGGCGACUGUUUGGUUUGUGUUAACGACGGCGCCGAACAAAUCCGAUUAGCGGACGACGCGUUCGCCAAAGUUUGUUCAAUGAUGAGCGACCCGUCAAUGAACGUGAGGGCGGAAUCGGCACUACUUCUUGGCCAAUUCACUCAUAUAAGCCCCAACUUCUUGGAACAGACGUUAGACAAGAAACUAAUGUCAAACUUAAGAAAAAAGAAAUCGGCGCACGAAAGGCAUCGGGAAACCUAUGAGACGGGCGAGUGGUCUAGCGGUCAGAAAUGGGCGGAUGACGCGCCUCACGAGGAGUUGUGUCCGGACACUGUGAACCUGAUGAACAUCGGCGCGUGCGGGGCAUUCAUACACGGACUCGAAGAUGAAUUCUUUGAGGUACGAAUGGCUACUCUUGAAUCGCUGAGUCAAUUGGCACAACUGUUUCCCGCAUUUGCGACACAAGCUCUCGAUUUUUUAGUCGAUAUGUUUAAUGACGAAAUCGAAGACAUAAGACUAAAAGCCAUUCAAUGUUUAACUCAAAUAAGUCUCGAGAAUAUAGUCCUAAGAGAGGAUCAAAUUGACAUAAUAUUACCGGUUUUGGAAGAUUUCUCUAUUGAUAUCCGGGAAGCACUACACGCUAUGCUAAGCAACUGUAAACUCUCCUCUAAGGCAGCACUCAAGACAUGUAUUGAUAACCUUCUGGAAAACUUGAAACGCUAUCCACAGGACAAGAGUUCCAUUUGGAACUGCUUUCAAAAGUUGGGAGCAAACCAUCCGUAUUUGACACUAACAUUAGUUCCCGAUUUAAUUGGAAUCCAUCCCUUCCUUGAUUUACCCGAAACUUCUCUCGAAGAUAACAACGUUGCGAUACUGAUUGUGGUGUUCAAUGCGGCCAAAGAAUGUACGACAAUGAGUGAUCUUUUUGAAGAGCAUAUUCGUCGGCAUUAUUAUUAUUUGAGAGAUACAUAUCCAGCAUUGGUUCCACGCCUCAAGAUGUUGUCAUCCGAUUGUGAUCCGAGUGCUAACGACUCUUGUAUUGUGACCGACGGUCAGUUGCGGUCGCAUUCAUUUCUGUUACGGUUCGCAAUGUUAUGUCACUUGAAAGCCCUUCCACUCGCAUUCAAUCAGCAGUUCUUAAAACGACUCUUGUAUUGUGACCGACGUUGCGGUCGCAUUCAUUUCUGUUACGUAUUUUCGAAAGGGUUCGCAAUGUUAUGUCACUUGAAAGCCCUUCCACUCGCAUUCAAUCAGCAGUUCUUAACCACUCGAUUCGUAUACAAACUUAAUAGGGAUUUGCAACAUUUGGGAGAUGUAGAGCCAUCACUGUUGGCCGCAUCCAAGUUCUUGUGCGCUUACCUUCAGUGUCAGAUGUCAUUAAGACGGAUACUGUCGAACACCAAUUGGAUCAACACUUUUCUACUGUCAGCUCUACAGUCGAGUUCAUUUCGGGCGUCAAUACAACAGUUGUUAAACACGACAUUUUCGUUGGUAAACCGUUUCCAUGGCUUACAUCCCAUUCAAUUGGUUUGCAUACAAGAGACACGACUGAAAGCAAUGGCACUACAAUUGAACGACUCUUGUAUUGUGACCGACGGUCAGUUGCGGUCGCAUUCAUUUCUGUUACGGUUCGCAAUGUUAUGUCACUUGAAAGCCCUUCCACUCGCAUUCAAUCAGCAGUUCUUAAUCACUCGAUUCGUAUACAAACUUAAUAGGGAUUUGCAACACUUGGGAGAUGUAGAGCCAUCACUGUUGGCCGCAUCCAAGUUUUUGUGCGCUUACCUUCAGUGUCAGAUGUCAUUAAGACGGAUACUGUCGAACACCAAUUGGAUCAACACUUUUCUAUUGUCAGCUCUACAGUCGAGUUCAUUUCGGGCGUCAAUACAACAGUUGUUAAACACGACAUUUUCGUUGGUAAACCGUUUCCAUGGCUUACAUCCCAUUCAAUUGGUUUGCAUACAAGAGACACGACUGAAAGCAAUGGCACUACAAUUGAUUGCUAUAAUCCACGGAAGCAAUGCAUCGGCACUUGCAUUGUGUGAUGCAUUCAUAUCUGAAUUGGAAUAUUUAGAGAAACUAUUGUUUGACAACAAUUUAACCGCCGAUUCAUUGAUCAUGAACCAAAACCAGGAACCGUUGCUCGACAUUAUGUUAAACGAUAAGACGUUUAAUGAUUUGGUUCGGUUGCGCAUGACUUGUGCCACAAUCCAUGAGCCGACCGGCAAAUCGGACAGUCCUCACAAAUUUACCGCCGGAUUAAUAUUGGGUUUGCCUUUCGAUGCGAUCAUCGAAAAUGUAACCGACAUCAGGACUAUAAGAAUCAAAAUUCAAUACCCGGAUCAACAAAUACAAGUAGUUUUGCCCAAAUUGUCUGACUUUCGACUCAUUGAAUCGUCAGAGAAGCCAAAUGUAUGCAAAUACCGAUUGUAUACAACUGUCUAUUUGUCGCAUGGAGUUUGGGUGGAGUCGUGUCCCGUCGAGAUCGGACUUAUGCUCGACUUUCGAGACACCACUUCCACAACAUUAACGGCAACUCAGACAUGGAUUUCAUCCACAACUAAAGGAAGUGGUAUUAAAGGCGCCAAAUCUGAAGACAGUCUCGUUAUAGAUAUUUGUAAACCCGUUCGCGUAUAUCUCUCUCCGAAAGCACCCAAAAAACUCGUUAUUUAAUCAAA